GUGCUGGGCGCGAUCAGCUUAUUCUCGACGCUGUCGACGCGUCGCCGGUGGACCUGGCGGACUUCGAUUGCCGUUUCCAUUCGCUGCGCGCGGGGUCGGUGGAGCUGCGGGGCGGCCACUGCAAGUUCAGCGACCCGCCCCGGGGCUCCUGGGCGCGCUUCGACGUGGAGGUCACGGCCGGCGAGCUCGGGAUCUCCACGAUCUACGACGAGGCCCAGCGGCGCCGGGCCCCCGUGGCGCCAGACGAGGUCCUCGUCGACGCGACGGUCGACGAUGCCGCGGGCGCCCCAGGGGGCGCGCGGGUGCUCGACGGGGCCCGCGCACCACAGCUCCACGGCGGCAGAGUGGCGAUGUCCCCGCGCGUGGACAACGGGAACACGGUCUCGCUCUCGGCCGACGCCCUCAACGAGCGGCCGCCCGCCCUCGCGGCCGAGCUGGGCCGCGGCAGGCCGCGCUGGAACGAGCUCGAGCGGGCUCAGCCGGGGCCCUCGAACCCCCGGCCUCGCCCUCGAUGGCAGACGGGGGCGCCUGCGACGCAGCCCGCAGCGGGCCUGGAGGCCGCGCGCGACGCCCCGCCGCGUCGCGCGGGCGCCCUGACUGCCGCGCUGGCAGCCGCGGAGGAACAUGGCCAGCAGGUGCACUGUUUCUCGGCGUUGCGGCCGGGCCUCAGCGCCUUCGGCGACUGCCGCGACUUCGAAGGCUCGGGCCCCCCGGGCCCCGUCGUGCGACUGCCGCCCGGCGCGGCGGCGGAGCGGCGAGCGGCGGCAGGGCUCAUCUUCUUGGCCUGCGACAGGCGGCGGCGGACGUCGCCUGGAUCGCCGACAGCCCCCCCAGGAACAGGCGCCCGCGGGAGGGGGCGGCAGCGCUGCGUUGCCGCGGACGCGCCCGGCGACCUCGACCCCGAGAUCUGCCCGGGGCGGGCCGCGGGGAUGGUCGAGGCCAGCGGCGACUUCGACGCGGGCCCCGGACCAGGGCCCCGGCGCGCCGUCGCGCGGCGGCGGCGGGUCGAGCUCGAGAUCGGCGCGCCGCCCGCGGCGCUGCCGGACGAGCCGCUGGCCCCGCGGCGCCGGCAGGAACUGCGGCGCGGCGCCUGGCCGCAGCACCCCAGGCACACGCGCGCGCGCGAUGCUCGGGCGGCGGCGGCGGCGAUGCCCCGCGCAGCCGCCGACUCGAGCUCCCGCGGCAAGGAG